CAAAUAUUCAAUUUGCAGAUACCGGAAGAAUUUUUUUUUUUUUUACCGGAAUAAUGACGUGAACUGUGGCAGAUGACUUAAGAUAAACACACUGGUUCAAGGAGAUAUAUUUUCCAUGGAAGCUUUUCAUCAGUCUAAAACUGAUUCAAAAGUGUGCACACCUACCUGGCGUUGCACAUGGGCCAGAUCUGACCCUCCACAUUAUUUGUGGCCAACUAAAACAAAUCAAGGCACACAUUGAUUUAAUGCCUGCAAGCCACUUAAAGCUGCUUGGAGAAAUGAUCAUGCUUGAGUGCCCUUCAUGGACCAGGCUGUGGCGUUCUCUUCUGCUGCUCUGAAUAUUGCUUUGGAUUUCUAUGGGAGAACAUGGACGACGCGAGUCAGCCAGCUUGUUCACAUGAGACUUGCGUCUGAGAUUCAAUUUUAAACAUACUGUGCACCUUAACUCCCUCCUGUACGUGGUUCGAGCACGUGUCCAUGUUGGUGAUCCUCCUCAACUGCGUCACCUUGGGGAUGUUCCAGCCCUGCGAAGAUGUCACCUGCUUGUCAGAGUGGUGUCGCAUACUCCAGGUUUUGGAUGACUGUAUAUUUGCUUUCUUUGCGGUGGAAAUGAUCAUCAAGAUGGUGGCCCUGGGGAUUUUUGGCAGCAACUGUUACCUUGGCGACAAGUGGAACCAGCUGGACUUUGUCAUCGUGAUGGCGGGGGUGUUGGAGUACUCUCUGGAUGGACAGAAUGCCAGUUUCUCAGCAAUUCGUACUGUACGAGUACUGAGGCCUCUACGAGCCAUCAAUAGAGUACCAAGUAUGAGAAUCCUGGUGACGCUUCUGUUGGACACUCUUCCUAUGUUGGGAAAUGUCCUCCUCCUCUGCUUCUUUGUCUUUUUCAUCUUUGGGAUCGUUGGGGUCCAGCUGUGGGCGGGGCUUCUGCGAAACCGCUGCUUUCUGGGAGCUGAUAUCAGAACAAAAUACAACUUCUCAAUCAGUCCCUACUACAUGUCGGAGGAUGGUGAAGAUAGCCCAUUUAUCUGCUCAGCGGCUCGUGAGAACGGUAUGCUCCGCUGCCAUGAUGUUCCCGCGUACACCGAAGCCAAGACUCAGUGCCAGUUACCGGCACCUCACCAAAGUUCAGAUCUGAUUGGAGCGACCCCUGCAGUGGGCGGGGCAAGCGUAAAUGGAUGUGUUAAUUGGAACCAGUACUACAAUGUGUGUCGCGCGGGAGAUCACAACCCUCACAAGGGAGCUGUCAACUUUGACAACAUUGGCUAUGCUUGGAUUGCUAUUUUCCAGGUCAUCACACUUGAAGGAUGGGUGGAUAUCAUGUACUAUGUCAUGGAUGCUCAUUCAUUCUACAAUUUUAUAUAUUUUAUACUACUCAUUAUUGUGGGAUCUUUCUUCAUGAUCAACUUGUGCCUCGUGGUCAUCGCCACCCAGUUCUCAGAGACAAAGCAACGGGAGAACGCUCUUAUGAGGGAACAGCGUGCUCGCUACAUGUCCAAUGAUUCCACACUUGCCAGUUACAGUGAACCAGGCUCGUGCUAUGAGGAAAUGCUGCGCUACAUCAGUCACCUUUACCGGAAGUUCACACGCAGACUCCAGAGGAUGUACUCUGGAUGGCACAGUAAAAUGCGUAAAAAGGUGAAUCCUAACAGCAGUGGUGGAGGCAGUAAUGGUGGAGGUAAUGGACAUGGCCAUGGCUCUAGCAGGGCUUCCGGUCCACGUAGCGCUUUGUGGUUGAGGCCAAUACACAACCUGUUGCAGCACCAUCAGCACCAGCACUGUCGACUCCCCAACGGGGGGCAGCACAUGAGCAGUGUGGCAAGCACUGAACACCUGGCUGGAGAAGGAGGUGUGGGUGCCGUGGAACUGGAGAUGAAGUCACUUCCUGCUAGUCAAGGGAGUACAAAUGGAAAUAGCGGCGGCAAUCAAUCAGCUGUUACCCAAGGCAUGGGGGCCUUGCUCAGGAGACUCAAUGGAGGGAUGAACUACCCAACCAUUCUGCCAUCAUUUGUAUGCAGCUACAGCAGCAAGACACCACCGCCUCACUCCCAGCAAGGUGGUUGCAGUCCAGAUCAGCAUCCGCCGAACCACUCCACUUCUGAACACUCAGACAAAGUGAACAAACUCUACCAGCUUGUGGGACAGCACAGUCACCAGAGUGUGCUGUACCAGCUGGCAGGCGUGGUACCCAGUCCACUGCUCCUGGAACUACUGAGCUGCCCUCUCUGUGCUCGCAGCCUGGAGACCUUGGAGCUGGAGUUGGGUGACUUGGAGGGUUGCAAGGGAGAAGCCGAUGGACUGCACGAAUUUGUCCAGGGAGGAGAUCUGAGAGGUGGGAGAAGUCGGGGCAGACGACAUGGGGCUGUGGUGUACAAGAACGGAGCACUUCGGGCAUGGAUGAACUUCAGGGAGAAAUUGAAGAGAAUAGUGGAGAGCAAAUAUUUUAACAGAGGGAUCAUGAUUGCCAUCCUUGUCAACACUCUCAGCAUGGGGAUAGAGUACCAUGAGCAGCCAGAGGAGUUGACGGAUGUGUUGGAGAUCAGCAACAUCGUCUUCACGAGCAUGUUUGUGUUGGAGAUGGGCUUCAUGCUGCUGGCUUUCGGCCUGUUCGGAUACAUCAAAAAUCCAUACAACAUAUUUGACAGCAUCAUUGUUAUCAUCAGUGUGUGGGAGAUUAUUGGUCAAGCUGACGGCGGGUUGUCGGUCCUACGUACUUUCCGUCUGCUUCGGGUUCUGAAGUUGGUUCGCUUCCUUCCUGCAUUGAGGAGACAACUUGUAGUCCUGAUGAAGACGAUGGAUAAUGUGGCCACCUUCUGCAUGCUUCUGAUGCUCUUCAUCUUCACCUUCAGCAUAUUGGGCAUGCAUCUGUUUGGUUGCAAAUUUAGUCUUCAGACAGAUGAUGGAGACACCAUUCCUGACCGCAAGAACUUUGACACUCUACUGUGGGCCAUCGUCACCGUAUUUCAGAUUCUAACCCAGGAGGACUGGAAUGUGGUGCUGUAUAAUGGUAUGGCUUCCACCUCCCCAUGGGCAGCUCUCUACUUUGUUGCCCUGAUGACAUUUGGAAACUACGUGCUUUUCAACUUGCUGGUGGCCAUCUUGGUUGAGGGUUUCCAGGCUGAGGGUGAUGCAAAUCGCUCCGAGUCAGAUGAUGACAAAAAGUCAGACAACUUUGAGGAGGAUGAGAAAGUAGAACAGCUCAGAGACACCGAGCUAAAGAUGUAUACGCUAAUGAUGACGACCAAUGGUCACGUCGACCCUCGUGGUUCGAUGGCUCCUCCCAUAAUCAUGCGAACGGCAGCCACCCCCAUGCCCACUCCAAAGAGUUCGCUGGGCCCAGAGUCCUACCUGGAGGAGGAGGUCAUGGUGAGAGAGGGAGUUCUGCAAUAUGGAGAGGCCGGACUUUCCGAACCAGGGACUGGGUACCAAGAGGCUCGCCGUGGAAGCUCUACCUCCAUGGAUGCCUUAACAUGUGAUCAGAGAUCAUUGAGCCUCUCCAGUCCUGCACGCCGCUCCCCUCUUCUAACUCGUGGUUCCAGCUCCUGGGGAAGCCGUCGCUCUAGCUGGAAUAGCUUGGGAAGAGCGCCGAGCCUCAAAAGGCGAGAUGCUAGCGGCGAAAGAGAGAGCCUGUUGUCGGCAGAAAGAGGAGAGGAGGAAAAUGGUGGUGAUGACAGUACCAAUGCUGGCGGGUAUGACAAUAGAAUCCAGCCGGAGCCCUUGGAGCUGCUGCAGGCAUCCACUCUCUGCCCUUCCAUUGUGGCCCAGUAUGGUGACUGUAAUGGGAGGAGCAUGACUUUCAAUUCCAAUGUAAACACUGACUCCAAAGAUGAAUCUUUGCCUGAAGAUGACAUGGAUGAUGAUAGUUCCCUUUGCUACAUGAUCAAGAAAGAGCUUCGCAAUAUGAAACCUCGCUGGUGCAAAGAACAUGAAGAAUGGACGCUGUACUUGUUUUCACCGGAGAACUCAUUUCGUGUGUGGUGCCAAAGUGUGAGCUCUCACAAAAUGUUUGACCAUGUGGUUCUGGUUUUCAUCUUCCUCAACUGCAUCACCAUCGCUCUUGAAAGACCUAAUAUACAGCCUCAUAGCACGGAGCGAAUAUUUCUUGGAGUGUCCAACUAUGUUUUCACUGUGAUCUUCCUAGCAGAGAUGACCAUUAAGGUGGUAGCGCUCGGGUUCGGCUUCGGGAAGCAGAGCUACCUUCAGUCCAGUUGGAACGUUCUGGAUGGUGUGUUGGUUUUUGUAUCUCUGGUCGACAUUCUGGUCUCACUGGCAUAUUCUGGUGGUAACCGGAUCCUGGGCAUCCUCCGAGUUCUACGCCUGCUCCGCACAUUGCGCCCACUCAGGGUGAUCAGUCGGGCACCGGGGUUAAAAUUAGUUGUGGAGACUCUCAUCACUUCGCUUCGGCCCAUCGGCAACAUUGUCCUGAUCUGCUGUGCUUUCUUCAUUGUUUUUGGCAUCUUGGGGGUGCAGUUAUUCAAAGGAAAGUUCUACCACUGUGAAGGUCUCAACACCAAAAAUAUCACCAACAAAUCUGACUGUCUGCACGCUAACUACAGCUGGAUACGAAGGAAGUAUAACUUUGACAACCUGGUUCAGGCUCUGAUGUCUUUGUUUGUCCUGUCAUGUAAGGACGGCUGGGUCAAUAUUAUGUACGACGGUCUGGAUGCUGUGGGAGUGGACCAACAGCCUGUGAGGAACCACAACCCAUGGAUGCUGCUCUACUUCAUCUCCUUUCUCCUCAUCGUCAGCUUUUUUGUCCUGAACAUGUUCGUUGGGGUUGUUGUGGAGAAUUUCCACAAGUGCCGGCAGGACCAAGAAGAGGAGGAGGCCCGCUUAAGGGAGGAGAAGAGGCUCAAAAUCAUAGAAAAAAAGCGCAGGAAGGCCAAACAGAGGCCCUACUAUGCUGAUUACUCCACACCACGCUUGACCAUCCAUACACUGUGCACCAGUCACUACCUGGACCUGUUCAUCACCUUCAUCAUAUGCAUCAAUGUCUUCACCAUGAGCAUCGAGCACUACAAUCAACCGCAGUAUUUGGAGGAGGUUUUGAAGUACUGUAAUUACGUGUUUACCUUCAUCUUCGUCAUCGAAGCCCUGCUUAAACUCGUGGCAUUUGGGAUCCACCGAUUUUUCAAAGACAGGUGGAACCAGUUGGACAUUGCAAUUGUGGCACUGUCCAUCAUGGGCAUCAUUCUAGAGGAGCUAAAAAUGAGUGCAGCUCUUCCUAUAAAUCCUACAAUCAUCAGGAUUAUGAGAGUGCUCAGGAUAGCAAGAGUACUUAAACUCCUUAAGAUGGCCACAGGCAUGAGAUCUCUGCUGGACACUGUCAUGCAAGCCCUGCCACAGGUGGGAAAUCUUGGUCUCCUCUUCAUGCUGCUUUUCUUCAUCUAUGCCGCCCUGGGAGUGGAGCUCUUUGGCAAGCUUGAAUGCAAUGACAACAAUCCCUGUGAGGGCCUGAGUCGUCAUGCCACCUUUGAAAAUUUUGGGAUGGCCUUUCUCACACUGUUUCGAGUGUCCACCGGAGACAACUGGAACGGCAUUAUGAAAGACACAUUACGAGAGUGUCAUCCAGAGGAGCGCCAUUGUCUCUCCUACCUGCCAUGGGUCUCUCCCAUUUACUUUGUCACCUUUGUGCUCAUGGCCCAGUUUGUGCUUGUCAAUGUGGUCGUGGCUGUGCUGAUGAAGCAUCUAGAAGAGAGCAACAAGGAGGCCAAAGAGGAUGCAGAAAUGGAUGCGGAAAUUGCCAUGGAAAUGGCUAUGGAGCAGCAACGCAGAUUUAGCAGGACUUCCAGCAACAGCUCAGAGGCGGGAACCUUUGUUGGGCCGUGCCCACAAUCGCCUGGCCAGGAGGAAGAAGAGGUGCGUUGUAGUGAGGAUCCACAGCAGAUAUCUGAGAAGAUGUCCGUAUCUAGGAUGCACUCCUUGCCGAACGACAGCUACAUGUUCCGACCUGUGCGACCCGCUAGUGCUCCUGACCCUCUGGAGGAGGUGGAUGUCAGUGCUCAGGACCAACAUUCAGGGUCACUGACGUCAGUCCGUUCGCAGCCGUGUGAGAGUCGUGCUCUGCUUCAGGUUCCUGAUAUUUCCCCUGUCCACCCGCGGUUGCUUGCUUCCAUCAACCUGCCACGCAUUGCCCCGCCUACGCCCCACCCCUCUCCACGGGCCCUGCGCAGACAGGUGGCAGUUAAAGUUGAUUCUGUAGAAGCCCAAAGUUGUGAGCAAGAAGAGAGGCCAAACGCUGUCCAUCUUCCUCUGCCGUCUCCUUCUCUACAUUCUCCCCUGCCUCCACCCACUCCCUCAUCCCCCUCAGUUCUCUCCAUCCCACCCUGCUCCCCUUCUCCAUUUCCACCCUCUUCGCUAUCUUCAUCUCCUCUCCCUCCUUUAAGGUCUUCCCCAGCCUCCCUCCCUCCUCCACCUUCCUCACCCUCGCUUCUCCUCCCACCACCUCGCUCUCCACGCUUCCCACCGCGCACCGCAAGCCUCCACCGGCCGAGACCACCCUCCACUGCCUCCCUGUUCGACCUGGCUGAUGAGGAGGUGUGUCACAUCACCAGCUUGGCCCGCCACAGGCAGAUUGGCGAACUGGGAAUCCGACAGGAGAGCAGAACGAAGGCAGGACGCAGCCACUCCCUCUCUCCAUACACUGACUCGACCUCCCCACCUCCUCCGUCUUCAUUCCCGCGGCCAUCCUCAAGGAGCCUGCUCGGAGCAGAUUUGAAGGACCGAGACUUUAGAAAAGGCUUUAGCGUUGACACCCAGGGGUUCCUGCGCAAGCCGUCGUUGUUGUCCGCCGGUUACCUUGACGACCAUCGCCGCCACUCCAUAGAGGUGUGUCUCCCACAAGAUGGCGUCGCCAGCGAUGACCAACACUUUAAGGGGGGGCUCCACAAAGAGAAGGGCAGUUUCCCAAUGAGGGUGCAGUCAGUUGGAGGUGGGCACCGGAAGAAGAAGACGAGCCCUCCGUGCAUAUCCAUUCACCCCCCUUCCGAGAGGGAGCACCCGCCCUCACCCCCAAAACUAGCGGACUGCAGCAUGAUGCUAAGACGAAGGACGCCGUCUUAUGACUUGACUGCACACACGCAAGACAUCUUUGUGGACACGCAGGCGCAUUCAUCAAUGCAUCAAGCUCUCAAGCCUGUCCACGUGUCACCCCAAACACACUCACCGACACAAACCCUGACGCCCUCGGCGACCUCGACACCCACACACGCAUACACACCACCCCUGCCGUCAACCCCUACGCACCCGCCCAUCCCGAUCAGCCCGAACAUCUUCAUCCAGCCUCACGCCCCUCUCGUGCCGAGGCCUUUCUCACAGACGCGCCCCAUCUCGCCUGCCCCACGGCACGCUGCGAGGGACUGUAUCCCCUUGCCCCAGUUCACUUUCGAGCAACCGCAAUCCAGAUACCUGGCGGAUGCAGAUCCCGCACCGUGCACUUCACCUUUUGACAACAAACUGGCAAGUGGAUUCAGCGCAAAGAACCGGAGGACCGCUCAAUGAAUAUCAAGCGGAGGAAGUGAAAUCACCAUCCCUAAAUCUCCCGAGCUGGAGAAUGUGCUGACCUCAGGAGUAUUGGGAAAUGUUUUCUGGGAGAUGGAAUCUUUUGUUUUUAUGAAUUUUGAAGAUUGCUGUCCGCAGACACUAGCAACAUCCAUCCCAGAAUCAUAGAUAAUGGAUCUAUCCAGCCCCACUUGGGUGGCACCGAACAGCUAAGGACGAAAGCCACCUAACUCUGUAGCCAAAGUUUUUUUUGUUUCUUGACACACUGUCUGCACCCACGCGAGCCAAUCAGGAAGCAGCGUCUGGCUGACAACCUCUGACCUUUACAGGAAGUGGUUUACGAAGUGCAAGCAUGGGGCGGGAUUGUGGGAUAUGCAACUUCAGGUUUUCUACAGAAGUUCUGCUUGCCCCUCCUCUGGUCCUUGAUCACAUUGAUCCGAGCAUGUGUGAGCGUAUCUGUCAGUGUGCGUGUGUGUGUGUGUGAUGUCCGAAGGUGUGUACAUUUUCUUAUGUCUGCUGUUGCUGUGUCGCCAUGUUUUUUUCUUACACUUCUUUCUUGACAGCGAGGGGCAGCAGGACACCGCUGUAGUAUAUGUAUCUGUGUAACUGUGCAGUGUAAAUAAAGAAAAUGCUUUAUUUGGUGAGAUUAAAAUAGCUCUAUCCAUAUGCACAUAUUUUUAUAGAAAUCUAAAGUGGUUUUUGCACACAUUUGAAUUUCGAGUUGCUCAUUUUCCCUGGGUUUUCCUCUUGUGAAUGUAUGUUUAUUUUCAAAAGCCAGAGAGGGAGAGAAAUUCAGUAUUGGUAAAAUCUCCUCAAUGGGAUGAUGUAGAGGAUUGGAUUUUAUUUUUCUAUUUUUUAAGAAGAAGAAAAUCAUAUAUGUGUGAUGUGUUUGUGUAGUUUAUGUCUCAAACUCUUGUGUAUUUGUCGUCUUGAUUACAGCCUUCGGGAGAUGGCUCAGUGAUGCAAGUUAAACAGAUGUAAAAUUCUCCAUCAAAUACAUUUUGGGUCAAAUGAUCAUCGAUCUAAAUUGUGGAUGAAGAACUCAAGAGGUUUGACUAAACCUGUGGGAAUUUAUGUUUUCUAUACUGACAGUACAACCUUUAAGUAAUCGAUCAGUUCCAGAAUUCUGCUUGAAUUCUUUAUAUUUAGGGUCCAUUUUUUUCUAAUUGAAAUGAAUGGAAAGUCUUUUGUGGUCAUGAUCACAAAAAAAAAAAAUGGCAAUAUUUGUAUGGUUCCACUGUAAGAUGUAAUCUAGUCAUGAAAUGACCCUUGCUACACCCAAUGUAAGGAAAAGUGUUUAUUCAGGCUUAAAAUUUGACAAGAAAUUUCACUCCCCUAUUUGCAUCCACAAACUAAAUGUUUGGUUGUGGGGAUGAAAUACAGUAAAUAUAGUCGUCAUAAUGAAAUUAAUUGUUUAUAAUAGUCCACCGUUUCGAGUCCCAAUUAGUCAAGAUAGCGGCAUUGGCGACAACCUAAAUGUUAGAGGGUAAGCAUGAACUUGCCUGUUGCAUCACUGAGCCUUGCGACUGGAUCAGCUGUGACCUCAUCAAGUGUUUCUGUACAUCUAAAGACAACCAAACCAACUUACUUGCUAGUUAU